CGUCGCCCACAAUUGAAGCCGCGCGCAGACAACGACGACCUCGCAGUUCCACCGACACAUCGCCCACCAUGACGAAGAUAAACUCAGCGUUGCACUCCAGCCGGAGGAAGGGCAGGAAGGCCCAUUUCCAGGCCCCCAGCAGCGUGCGCCGAACCAUCAUGAGCGCGCCGCUUUCCAAGGAGCUCCGUGAGAAGUACGGCGGUGUCCGCUCGAUUCCCAUUCGAAAGGACGACGAGGUUAUCGUUGUACGGGGAAGCAACAAAGGUCGCGAAGGAAAAGUCACGUCUGUCUACCGUCUCAAAUACGUGAUCCACGUCGAGCGUGUUACCCGGGAGAAGACCAGCGGCCAGAGUGUGCCUCUUGGCAUUGCCCCCUCAAAAGUGGUGAUCACCAAGCUCAAGCUCGACCGUGACCGCGAAAACAUUCUGGACCGCAAAAGCAACGGCAGGGAGUGCGGAUUUGGGUUGACGACAAUUUCAUGGCUUGAUGGGCCGGGCUUCACGAGACUCUGUGUAUUUGCGGUCAAGCCAAUGGAACGGAGUAAAUCUCUUAUUCGACUUCGGCAACGGAAUGAAAAGCAUGGAGCAGCGAAGGCGGAAGAUACCUGUUUCUGGCACGAACCACAAUCAACUCGCCACACACUGGCUUGUACACACCACGCUGCACUGUGACUGAAACUGGACAAGCGUGUUUCUGCUAACGGUAUAGGAAUCUCUGGGAAAUUACCCUAGAACGAACCGGACGAAAAUCGAUGAUCGAGUUCGAACACGCUACAUUAUCUACUUGGCAGCCCAGUUCAAUGGCCGCAUAAAGUUAAACGAAUAGCGGAGAGGAAACCCAAUGGGCCGAAAGCCCUGCUUGCCUGCAGACUACCCCUGAUGUUCUCUCUAUGAUACGGGUGGUUUGAUGGUGAGAAACAUCUCUCAAUAU